AUGACCACUGUCAUAAUCCCUCAUUCUGUUUGCAGUGAACCUUGUUCUCCAGGGUAUAGAAAAGUUUCCCGUAAAGGUGAAGCAGUUUGUUGCUUUGACUGUGCCUCAUGUCCAGAAGGAGAAAUUACCAACACCAGUGGUAGCAGUGAAUGCAUUACAUGUCCACAGGAUUACUGGUCUAAUGCAAAGAGAGAUGCCUGCUUUCCAAGGCACACAGAGUUUCUUUCAUAUGAAGAAGACUUGGGUAUCAUUAUGGCUACUGUUAUAGCAGCCUUUUCACUGACUGUGGCUGCAGUGUUUUGUCUUUUUCUAAUUCGCCAUGAUACACCAGUUGUCAAAGCCAACAACCGUGAAGUGAGCUAUGUUCUCCUUGUGAGUCUCAUGUUUUGCUUCCUUUGUGCCCUGUUGUUUAUUGGCUAUCCAACAAGCAUGAGUUGUGUUUUCCGUCAGACUGCCUUUGGUAUAUUAUUUUCCAUUUGUAUCUCCUCUGUAUUAGCGAAAACUAUUAUAGUUGUACUUGCCUUCAAUGCCACAAAGCCAGGAAGUGUACUAAUGGUGUGUGUUCAUCCAAAAACUCCUUUUUACAUUAUAAUUUGUUGUUUGGUGUUACAAGUUGGUAUAUGUACAAUAUGGCUGAGCACUUCUGCUCCUUUUCCAGAAUUUAACAAAAACAGACCAGAGAAAAUCAUAGUGCAGUGCAAUGAAGGCUCAGUAAUUAUGUUCUACUGCAUGCUGGGAUAUCUGGGCUUUUUAGCCAGUGUGAGCUUUGUAGUUGCCUUCUUGGCUAGGAAUCUACCUGAUAGGUUUAAUGAAGCUAAAUAUAUCACAUUCAGCAUGAUUAUUUUUAUAAGUGUUUGGCUGUCAUUUAUACCAGCUUACCUGAGUACAUCAGGUAAGUACAUGGUUGCUGUGGAGAUAUUUGCCAUCUUUUCCUCAAGUGCUGGACUUUUGAUAUGUAUCUUUUCCCCCAAAUGUUAUCUCAUUCUGUUUAAGGCUAAUUCAAAAGAAAAGAGAAACCAAACAGGUUUCUGACAACAGUUUUUUUUGUUAUUAUGACAACUUAGUAUCCUGACUAACACGACCCAUUGCUCUCUCUCUCAUGAUCUUUCGUUUUCUACCCAUCCUUCUGACAAUGGAUGAAAGUUAUCAAUAGAAUGAUUUAUCCUGUAGCUUUAGCAAUAUGAAAUCACCCAAACUAACCCAAGAACAUCUUUCAUACUAUUGUUAUAAAC